AUGGGUCAACCAGCUCCCGCACCCCAAGGACCUCCACCCCCUCCUCCCGUUCCUCCCAAGGAGGGUGGAGCAAGCGAUUCAGACAGUGACAACCAGGGCACCAGCAUAUGGGCCGUAGCCCCUAGGAAACGACCAACGGAUUCUCAGCCUUCGUCUUCUCCCCGUGCAAUUAGUCGACCUCCCCUCGCCCCGCUCGACAUUGCUGACAGACCAAACGUCCCUCCACCACCCUCGUAUCCGCCGGUUCGUACUCCUCGGGGAUGGACAUCAGGGAAUCCGCCGAAGAGGCUUAAGGACAAAGAGGCGCGUAUCAGCAAGUUCGACAACAAUCUUGAUGUUACCUGGGCACCACGUCCACCUCCAGAAGUUAUGUACGAGCGCCUAGAGGAAUAUUUUCCGGAGCACGAUCUUGACAAACCCGUCAUCGAUGCGCCGUCUGGUGGUACAUCGCCAACGGCCACUGAGGCGCCUGCUGCGCCUGCCAUUCAACGCUUCAAGCACAAGAAGUCAAUCCGUGUCGUCGCUGCAGAACACAAGCGAGCACUCGAUGUCAGGCGUUCACGCGGCGACUCUUCUGCUGUUGCGCCAAUGGCACAUAAACGGCACACGAAGAUGUGGGGCAGCAAGCUCGAGGAGGUCACCACCGAGCAGGGCAAGUCCUCUACCUCUGCAGAAGCGUCACCGGGUGGAGCGAAACCAAUUUUCCGAUGGGUGCGCGGCGAGCUCAUUGGCAAGGGCACGUAUGGACGCGUGUACGUCGCUUUGAAUGCGACUACCGGAGAGAUGAUCGCGGUCAAGCAAGUCGAGAUGCCCCAGACGGCCAGCGAUAAGGACGAUUCGCGACAAGUCACAGUCGUUGAAGCGCUGAAGCUCGAGAGUGAGACCCUCAAGGAUCUUGACCAUCCCAACAUUGUGUCGUAUCUUGGUUUCGAGGAGACAUCCACUUUCCUCAGCAUCUUUUUGGAGUACGUUCCCGGUGGCUCGAUUGCUAGCUGCCUCCGCAAGCACGGACGCUUCGAUGAAGAGGUCACCAAGUCGUUCACCGGUCAAAUUUUAAGCGGCCUGGAAUACCUCCACUCUCGUGGAAUCAUUCAUCGAGAUCUAAAGGCCGACAAUAUCCUAGUUGAAAUCUCUGGCAUCUGCAAGAUCUCCGAUUUCGGUAUCUCCAAGCGGACUGAUGACAUCGAAAUGGCCGCCGCGUAUACUUCAAUGCAGGGCACCGUAUUUUGGAUGGCCCCAGAGGUCGUCAACUCGAAGAGCAAGGGCUACAACUCUAAGAUCGACAUCUGGAGCGUUGGGUGCGUGGUGUUCGAGAUGUGGACCGGCCAGCGGCCAUGGCUCGGUAAGGAAGCUAUGGCCGUCUUGAUCCAUCUGUACUCCGACAAGCAGGCCCCGCCCGUGCCCGCGGGUAUCGCCUUGUCGUCGCUCGCCGAUGACUUCAGGCUCAGGUGCUUUGCCGCCGACCCCGAUGAGCGGCCAACGGCAACCGAACUGCGGAAGCAUUCCUACUUGGAGCUCCAGCCGGGCUGGACUUUCAACGGGUUCAAGUGA